CCAACUUUCCGACCAGAAACUCGUGCUAUUAGGGUCAUUUUGUUAUUAACCUUUCAAUUAAUAUGAAUUAAAUUGAAUAAUUAAUUAUAUAUAUUAAUAAGUGUUUUAGUUUAAUAGAAAGCGUCAGUGUUUAGUGAUUUUAUGUUACAAUUUGAAAUUAUGAUUCUUAACCUGUCGAUGUCAGUAUAAUUAAUAAUUACUUUUAUUACUUAUAACUGUAUCCUGAUGGGCAAGCUGACGGAAAGUGAGCCGAGUGAAAUUUCCAGUCGGAGAAAAUUAAAGAUGAUUCGGGUACUUACAACUCAAUGUCAUACACGACGCCGAAUCCAGAGUCACAGACCCAGGAAUUAAAUAUCACCGAGCAGUUUAAACAUGGAGUCCGCGUAAUGGACAUCGGUAUCCGUACAACAUUAAAUUACUUUACAGUAUAUUCAGGGACUGUGUCAAUGCAUCGAACUCUCGUCGACGUACUCCAUGAACUUAACAGAUGUCUGGAUGAGCAUCCACGUGAAUUUAUUAUUUUAAUAUUACGCCUAGAGUUUGUAUCACCACAAGAUAAUUUACAUCCGGAUAAUUGUAAAAUUCUUGAUGGAUAUUUAACCAGCAACGCUGGAUGGCGUUUGGUUAAUAAUUGGACAUUGACUGAUACUAUUGAUAAAGUUCGCGGUAAAAUAUUGCUAACAACAAACGAUAUAACAUUUAUCGAUUGUUUAUUUGAACUAUUUUCUCACUGUUCAUAUCUCAAUAAUAAAGAAUUAUCAUCAAACAGCAAUGAGUUAUCGGUAAUCGACACUAAAUGGAAUAAAUAUUUGAAAUUUGUUGAAAAUAGUAUCACUCAAGACUAUCCAUGUUUUAUUUACGACUUUACUAUUUAUGAUGAAAAACAUUAUUAUGGCGGACCAGCUAAAUACGGCGGAUAUCAUUUCAAGGAUGAAUGCGUUGAACCGCUUAACUAUAAAUUAGAUCACCAUUAUCCUGGAGCUCACCCGUUAAAACUGACCAUCACUAUUCUUACUUAUCCAACUCAAGAAUUGAUCGAUCAUGUUCAUGAAAUGAAUUUAGUUAAUGUGCAUAGUAAGAAAUAAGUUUUUAUUUAUUAUUGUUAUUAUUUUUAAAAAUAGGAGAAAAAGGGGCAAAACGGGGUAGGGGGAGGCUACAUUGGAUACCCCCAAAGUUUUAUAAAAAAAAGUUGUUUUUUAAAAAUAUAUCUUUGAAACAUUCCAAAAUCACUUUUGUAAACAUAAUUGAGCAUUAUUUUGAAUUUUUAUUUUUUACUGUUUUCGAAAAAUUUUUAUUUUGUAACAAAAUAGUGUAAUAUAAUUUUGAUUCUUUUUCUGAUCAACUUACAACAAAAGAUCUCCCAGUGUCAAAUUACUUCAGAUGUAUUUCAAUAAUCAACUUGAAAAUAUUUACACUUUAAAAAUUUUGAAAUUUAAUUAACUUUUAAUAAUUUUUUAAUCUAUUACUUUGAGAAAA